AUGGAUGAUGCUGUGCAUUCAAUAAUAUCAGUAACUAAAAUUCAACAAAGACGACCAAUUGUUCAAAAUUAUUCGCUUCUCUGGAUCGAUGGCACUAUCGAUAAAUCCGAAGCAAAUUUUCAAAAGGACUUCGAUCAAAUUAAAAGUGUCAUCAGUGAUGUCAAUGUUUUUACACAUCCAGACGAUUGUAUCCAGCUUCUUAACACCAUGACUUUAGAAAAAGGUUUUCUCAUUGUAUCCGGAUUUUUAGGUCAAUAUUUUGUGCCGCAAAUUCAUUCUAUGCGACAAGUAGAUACUAUAUAUAUAUAUUGUAGUAAUAAGGCUAGACACGAACAGUGGGCACAUGAAUGGCCCAAGAUUGAAGGUGUUCACAUUUCAAUCAAGACCAUAUGUGAAUCCCUAAACAAAGUGACUCGUCAAUGUGACCAUGAUGCAAUAUCGAUGAGCUUUGUUGCAAAUUCGACAUCAUCAACAACAAGCACAACGAAUGAAGAUAAAAGUCUCGACCAAUUAGAACCAUCUUAUAUGUAUACAAUGUUAUUCAAAGAUAUCAUAUUACAAAUCAGUGAAGAUGAUGACAAGCCAGUAGAAUAUUUUGUGGCUUAUUGUCGUAGUAAAGGUAUUAGUGAAUCAGAAUUGACGUAUUUUCAGAGUAAAUACCAUGAACACUCGGCAGUUUGGUGGUAUACUUGUGAAAUAUUUCUCUAUAGUAUGCUCAAUCGUGCUCUGAGAACACUUGAUAUGGAGGUCAUGACUAGAACAGACUUUUUCAUUCGAAAUCUGCAUCGACAAUUACAGCAACUACAAGAAGAACAUUCAUCUGCAUUCGAGAAGAAGUUCAUUAUUUAUCGGGGUCAAGGACUUUCUCCAGAAGAUUUUCAACAUCUUCAAGACACAAAAGGUGGACUUCUUGCAUUCAAUUGUUUUCUGUCGACUAGCACAGAAAAAGACGUCAGUAUGGAAUUCAUUAAAGGAAAUUUAUGUAAAUAUGAACAAAACGUUGGUGUCCUUUUUAUUAUGACAAUUGAUCAAAGUAAAAUAUCAUCAUCGUCAACACCAUUUGCUCUUAUUGAUAAAUAUAGUGCAAUUCCAACGGAAAACGAAGUUCUUUUCUCCAUGCACACAGUAUUUCGUUUAGGAGAAAUGGAACAAUCAACGAAAGAUAAACGUCUUUGGGAAGUACAAUUGACUAUUACUGAUGACAAUGAUCCACAACUAGCCGAUCUCGUCACAUACAUGAAAAAGGAGAUCGAUGGUAGUGGAUGGUAUCGAAUGGGUAAAUUGAUGCUCACGCUAGAAAAAUUCGAUGAUGCUGAACUACUCUACAAUCAAUUACUCGAAGUGACUUCUAAUGAUAGUGAUCGAGCAUACAUAUAUCAUCAACUUGGACGGGUCAAAAAAGACCAAGGAAAAUACAAAGAGGCAGUGACAUUCUACGAAAAAUCUUUGGAGAUCUACCUGAAAGCUCCGACGCAAGAUAAUCCUUCAUUAGCUUCUGCUUACAACAAUAUCGGUCAAGUGUAUGACAAGAUGGGUGACUAUUCGAAAGCACUUGAAUUCUACGAAAAAUCCCACAAAAUCAAAGAAAAAGCUCUUCCUUCAACUCAUCCCGAUUUGGCUACUUCCUACAACAAUAUCGGUCAGGUGUACAACAACAUGGGAGAAUACUGGAAAGCACUUCAGUUCUACGAAAAAUCAAAUGAAAUCUUUGAAAAGUCACUUCCGCCAACUCAUCCCGAUUUGGCUGCUUGCUACAACAACAUUGGUCAACUGUAUAGCAAUGUGGGCGAAAACUCGAAAGCACUUGAAUUUUACGAAAAGUCACAUCAAAUCUUGGAAAAGUCACUUCCGGCAAGUCAUCCCAAUUUGGCUAGUUCCUGCAACAAUAUCGCUGCAGUGUAUUAUCAAAUGGAUCAAUACUCGAAAGCACUUGAAUUUUACGAACAAUCACUUGAAAUCAUGAAGAAAAGUCUUCCUUCGAAUCAUCCCGACUUGGCAGUGUGCUAUAAUAACAUGGGUCUCGUAUAUAAUGAGAUGGGCGACUACUCAAAAGCACUUUCAUUUUACGAACAAUCAAUUGAAAUCAAAAAGAAGACAUUUCCUCCGAAUCAUCCCGACUUGUCUGCUUCCUACAACAACAUCGGUUUGGUGUAUAACAACACGGGCGAGUAUUCGAGAGCACUUGAAUUUUUGGAAAAAGCACAACAAAUUUGGAUGAUUUCUCUUCCACCAGGACAUACGCAUAUCGCAUUGAUUAAAAGUAACAUUGAACAUGUGAAAAAGAAAAUGUAA